AUGACAGAAAGUCUUAUCAAUGAGUGGCUAGCAGACUACGCUGAUGUAUCACCAGCUGAGCUGCCUACCUUUGCAAACACUUUGUCUCAGGACAACGAAAUAGUAAGAGCUCUGUACGUGCUUCUUGAGGAGCGGAACAAGUACUCUGAGAAUUGCCGAUCAGUGGAGACGCUGCUGAUAGGACUUUACAACCUAGAAGUGGUGAGCGAGACAGGAGAUUCAAAGACCGUGUCAUUUCGACUGCCCUCGCUGGCGAUGCUGUCGAUCUACCACGAGCCCUCGAGCCUGACCCACGCUUCUCUGACCGAGAGCGCGGUGAGGCAUUUUGAGGAGUGCAACUCCAAGCUCGUCAGCUGGGGACCUCUCCCGCAAAUUGAGACCCUCAAUGCUCAGAACCGGCUGAAAGUUAUGACGGCGCUCCUGUUUAUUUACAAUCAGCAGCUGAGUUACAUUCAGAAGUCUGCGUUGGAACAAUUGUGCAAAGUUGCUACCAAUUUCGUUCCCAGACUGUUACCCCGUAUUCCUGUCACAAAUCAAUUUCUUCUAGAGUUCCUCCACGGAAUUUACUUCGCGAUGUACAACGACUGCUGGUACGUCGGAUGUCAAGCCGUAGAUGAUAUUCAUAACCGUGUGUGCUAUGAUGGCUAUGCUGAUGUGAUGCUCGUGACAAACGCAAUACGCAACUCCAGCAGUUCUGGACCUUCUGGAUUAUUGGGUGAUGCUUCACUGGGAAUAAGUGUUGCUUUAUCUCCAGCCACGACAACUCCCACGAUAUCCAAGUCGAUGAUAACUAAUGCAUCUUUCCGUACGAAAAAAUUACCAGACGACCUGGACGUAAACUUAUUCGAAGACGAAGUAAAGAGCAUAGACGAGAAAGAAAAAUUACCGCGACCAUCCCCGAGUUCCGGGAAGCGUCGAGCCUGGCUGAGAAAGCACAUGCCCCAGUCGCUGGACGAGGACGAGGUGCUGCAGGUCCGCAGCGGAGGCUCUUCAGUGGACAACUCCAGGCGAGAGAGCCUGGCUAGCCAGGCGAGCGGAUCGCCGAGCCGCACUUCUCCGAAGAAAUCUCGGGAUCGCAAGGUCGUGUCCCAGGACGACGUGAUCCGCAGACCUCGCAGAGAGCGCAGUGACUCUCCAGGCAACGAGAGCCGUCUCAGUGCUGGAGCGCGGCUAUAUCGCGUGCUGGAGGAGCAGGCUCUUGGCGAAGCGAUUGUUGCUUCCGCGGAGGGACUCUAUAUCAAUGGACUCAGGGCCAUUGAACGAGGCAAGCCAGGCAAUAUCACUGCUGGCGCACUAUCAAGUCACUCACGGUACCAGUUGUUGUCAUUUCCGAGGGUUCAUCAUUUAAACUCUCGCUAUAAAUUAGCACGCCAUUACAACAAAUUUGUAAUCAACGCUUACACGUUAAUUUUAUUCACAGCUGGGAAUGAUAUCCCAAUCGUGGCGAAAGAAGACGGGACAGCUGACAAAAACUUAGUGUCGAUAUCAGAAGAGCAAGAUUCAACGGAACCAAGUCGCAUUGGUUCGCUCCGCCAGGGUAAGGAUAAGAGCUCCAAGAUUACAAACUUUAGUUUGACCAAAAAGCCCCGGGAAAAGGACAGCAGAGCGAAGAAUGGAAUGGUAGAAAAAGAGAAGAAAUCAGGACAGAUAAAAGAAUCCAAGAGCCGGAUUGAUGAAGAUGCUAAUGGUGGAGUCAAGAAGAAAAACGACUCGAUAAUCAGCGACGGGAACUCGAGCUUCACCGAAGCGGGAUUGAAUGAUACUGCUGACCUGGAGCUAGAAAGUGCGGUGGCUAGCAUGAGAGCUCUUGACCCAGACCUUAAUUCUUCUGUCCAAGUCAGCUCGGUUUAG